UGACAUUGACAAUGUAUGACGAAUGGAUCUUUUUCUGAUUUGGAUGAAAAUUUAUUCAUUCUCGGUGUAGGUACCCAUAUACAAAAUGCCCGUAAUUUUUUUUUGAUUCCGUUUAUUUAAUAAAACUAAUAGUUUUUGUAUUUCCGGCAAGUGCUUAAUUGUAUUCAUUGGUAGUCUGAUUAUGAGCGAAACAGAAAGUGUCGACCCACAGUUACAAGAUUUUAUCCUAGCCGAAACGCAAAAGCAACGUUUUCAAGUACUGGUUCACGGUUUGACUGACACAUGCUGGGACACAUGUAUGGGACGUCCUUCCAAUCGGAUGGACACAAAAACUGAAGUAUGCAUAAUGAACUGCGUGGAAAGAUUCAUUGAUGCUACCACUUUCAUUACCAAGCGUCUCAUGAGCACAACCAAAUACAGGUCAGAAUCGCGCCUUGAAUUCCAAUAAUCAGAUCACAGUAUAAUAUAAUAACUCACAAUGUUUUCUAGUAUUAGAAACUUUCUGCACCGGCAUCGCAGGAAGUUUAUUAUCACCGGUGCGGUGUUUGGAGGUCUGUACUUACUGACAAGUUAUGCUCAGAAGAGACUCAGAGCAUGGCAGGAAAAAGAGGCCAAGAAAUUCUUUGAAAUGACUCGAAAGAAGCAACACUUUGAGAGCACUGAGCGCACUUGCAACCAAACAAUUUUAUCUCUGUCAAAAAUAGUAUCUGAGAGCAUUUUGAAGGUAUUAAACACUGAAGACAUAGUUCAGAAGUUGCAGGAGAAUCCGGACAACAAGUUGGCAUUAUGGGAACAGUUGAAGAUAAUGAUUUUUACAAGAAUCUGUGUUCUUGUGUAUGCACUGUGCAUAUUACAAGUGACCUUAAGGGUGCAGCUUAAUGUGAUAGGGGGGUACCUUUACAAGGACUCAGUGCAUGAGGAUGAACCUCUUAUAGAUAGUGAGCUGCAAGCCAAGUACUUGUCUCUAUGCCACCACUUUGUUGGACCGGGAGUAGAGGAUUUGAUCAAACAAAUUGAGAAGGCUGUUAAGAGAGUUGUGGAACCUGUUUCCUUGAAGAAAAAGAUUACUCUCCAGGAAGUGGAGCAAAUGUUCUGGUCUAUACAAACAAUUCUAUGCACAGACACAACUGAAGGUAAUCCUGUCAAGAAUAUGGUUCAUUAUCUAGUGGGUCAUGUGGAAAUAAAUGAAGCAAAAUUGGACACUAUUGUAAAGGAGACAAUGGAUAUUUUAGAAAGUGAGGAAGUGACAUCAAUUGCUAUGACAUCAGUCAGUAGGAGCUUUUCAUCUGUAAUUGAUGAAGUAGCAAAUUUGUUUGUCACAAAAUCAACUCCUAUCACCAAAAACGAUUUGGAGUUAAAUGAGCAUGUUGUAACUAAUGGAGCUCUAAAAUUAGGGGCUCCCUUGGAGCCUUUUGUAGAUAUAAAUAAGGUGGAGUUACAUUUCGUGAAGCUUCUGCCAGUGGUAAAUGAGCUCAUCACCAAGAAUACCUGCAGGGAUAACACUAACAUUCCAGAUUUACUGACGCAACAGUUGACUCUCAAUGACAAAUUGAAAUUGCUUGGGGCAAAUAUCUAUGAAGUAUUUAGUAGCGCAUAAAUUAUAGAUAAAUUUAUCAAUGAUUUCCGAAACACCAUUGGAUUUGCCAAAAUAAAGUUUAUUAUUGUUUAGAUAAUCCAGUGCCUAAAUGAUAUAUAAACAAAUUGGCAAAAUUGAUAACAAUUUUGUCAAGAAUAUCUUGGAAAAAUUAUUAUUAUGAACAAAUAAAAUGUGUGUUACUUUUAUGUUGUUUUUGGAAUCAUUGAUGAAAUUCUCUGUUUGUCAUUAUAACAAUAAUACUUAGCAUAAAACUAUUUUAAUUAUUCUCUGGUGGUAUGUAUGGUGGAUUACCUGAUUACUAUUAUACACCAACAUAAUAAUUGUAUAAUAUACUUUUUACAAAAAGUUGUCUCUAAUAGCACAUCAGUGUUUCAAGAAGUAUUGACUGUUAGCUUAGGAAGGUAUUUAAGUUCUUUUAUAUUAUUAUCAUGCAUUUUCGGGGAAAUUAAUAAAUGUCUAAAAAUUAA